ACUCUCUUCUAUUUAGAUCAAAGUUAUAACUUAUAUAUAGUAGGAAUGUCACAACCAGCUAAUAUAAACAAGAAUGCAAUAAACAUUGUAGAUAGACCAUUGUCAAAGGGAAAGACAGAGAUCAACUUGAGCUCAUUCUCAUUCCUCUUCUCAGAGUUGAUCCAAUACUGUCAAGAUAGGAUCAAGGCUGGUCAUGAACUAGAGAAGAAGUUAUCAGAUAUUGGAUUCUUAGUUGGUACACGUGCAUUAGAGUUGUUGGUGGUCAGAGAGAAGAAUGCAAAGAGAGAAACAAAGUUGUUGGGUAUCCUAUCAUUCAUACAUUCAACUGUUUGGAAGUCAUUGUUUGGAAAGCAAGCUGAUUCAUUAGAGAAGAGUACAGAGGCUGAUGAUGAAUAUAUGAUAUCAGAUGCCAACAUGAUUGUAAAUAAGUAUAUAUCAUUGCCAAAGAACCUUAGCAACCUGAAUUGUGCUGCAUUCGUUGCUGGUAUCAUUGAAGGAAUACUAUGUAGUGCAGAGUUUCCUGCCAGAGUAUCAGCACACAACGUUGCCGUCGAAGGCAAGAAGUUCCCAAAGACUGUAAUAUUAAUCAAGUUCAAUCCAGAGGUCAUUCCAAGG